CUGUAUCUGGUUGUCAUACUAGACAGCUGCCUCUUUAGGUGAAAUAGAGAGGGUAAAGCAAGUGUCCCGAGAUUAUGGAAUUGUAAUUAUGAUUGUAUCUGCUGUGAUGACUGUCUCUUAGCUAGACUGAUACGCCGUUAUAGCUGGUCAUAGCCUUUCUAGUUUUCCAGCUUUAUAAUGAACGAAAGUAACUGGUAAUGUAACUUAGUACCGGAAGCAACGUGAGCGAGCAAGCUGCCUGAGCGUUGUUGAGUUGGAAGUCAGUCUACUUGGUGUCAACGCCGGGAAACGCAGUGGUUUCAGAGAGGAGAUGGCAUCCAAGCAAGUAUCGGUAGAACCAUAGCUAACACUGAUAAAAUAUUGCAGGGAUACUUUCGCUACCUACCAAUCUGUUGUACAUGCAUCUAGGUCAGCCGGCUAGCUACGGGAAUAAAGCGUUGUUAAACAAGCAACCUUGGUAGCAACUGGCCGUAUAUCUAGAUGGUUUAUGGUUGCAGUAUUCUUACAGAUGGGAAUUGCCUUUGAAUAGCAAGUCGGUUGCAUAGGACAAGUCGGUCCCAUAACUUAGCCAUCAAAUUGGAUAGUUCUGUUUGUUUUCUCGUUUCGUACACUUUUAAAUGGAUAACUCGUUAUUUAACGCUAAUUCUGUUCAUUUUGAGUGGAAUAUGCCAGUUGUUGCAACAUAGCUAAGUUAGCUACAUCGACGCUUGCAGGGGUGCAUCAUCACGUUACUGCGUUCGCUUGCUAGCUACCGAAUCACCAGGACGGCGGAAUAUCGAACGAAUUACUAAUGAAAUGCGCGCUUACACGCACAAAAGCAAUCGUCUGUUGUGAAAUCCGGGCAGUGUUACGACUAUUGGGCCACGUCGGUGUCACUGCGUUUUAUGUGAGUGACAGCGUCGGAUGAAUGCCAACGAGAAAACGACAUUCGCGAACUGCGGAAGCGGAGGAAAAGCGUGAAACUGUUCAGUCACUGUUUGUAGCUCUAACGUUAUCCAGUGCAUAGCCGGGGUUUAUUGUGGAAGGAAAAAAUGAAAUGUAAUAGUUAGUUUGCAAAGGUAGCUGUAACGUUAGAACCGUUCGCCGAUAAACCUGCAGUCAUCAGCAUCGCAAAUUAAACAUAUUCUGAAAUGGUGGGGUUUGGUGCAAAUCGAAGAGGAGGCCGCCUGCCGUCCUUCAUCCUGGUCGCGCUGAUGGUGGUUAUCCUCAUCCUGUCGUUCAACUACUGGGCCGUGUCCAACAAACACGGCCGCCUGCUAGACGAGCUGGCGGAGGUGCAGACGCAGGUGAAGCGCACGGACGCGGCGCGCAGCAGACUGGAGAAGCGCAACUCGGAGCUGAUGGUGCAGGUGGACACGCAUCGGAAGCAGAUUGAUCAGAAGGAGGGCGACUACACCGCGCUGGAGAGCAAGCUGCAAACUCGAGAGGCGCAGAUGAAAAAGUGCACGGACGAGAAGGUGAAGCUGCAGAGUGAUGUCACAGCUCAGACGUCAGAGAUUCAGAGGCUGAAAGAGCAGCUGAAGGAGCUGCGGCAGGAGUUCAUGAAACAGGAAGACCAGCUCCGCGAAGUGAGGCGGAACAACACCCACCUGGAGAGGAAGCUGGAGUACGAGAGCUUGCAGUGUGGCCGUCAGAUCGCCCAGCUCAAAGACGAGUACGAGGACAGGAAGAAGACGCUGGAGGAGGAAGCGGCCAAACUGAAGCAGAGCCUGCUGGAGAAUCGAGGGGGCGGCGUAGCGGCGGGGCGCAUUGAUGGGGGUGCAGAGGGCGGGACUGCAGGAGAGCGCCACACAGAGGCCACACACCGUCACGACAGCCCCGAGCUGAAAGCUGAAAUGGGCAAGCCUGGCAGUGACGCUGGCAUGCCGGGCAUCGAGGACAGCGAGGUGGGCAAAGUGGAGGAUCUGCAGUUCGCCCUGAAAAAGCCAGCCAUCACCCAGAAGCAGCUAGGCCGCGGGGGCGAGGUGGCCGCCAAGGAGGAGAGGGCGGUGCCGGGGCAGGGCGGGGGUCGCGACCCCGCGCCGGGCCUUCCCGACCCUCAGAACGCCGCCCUCGGUCACCUGCAGCAGCCCCUCCCGCAGGCCGUGGGGGACCGGCCCGUGCUCUUCGACGAGGACAACAAGGUGGCCGUCCACGCUGACGAGCUGGGCGAGAACCGGAGGCAGCUUAGAGCCCCUGACGGCGCCAAGGCUGACGGUUUCGAUGUGAAAGGCGUGGCACUGCCGCCACCUCCGAACCCGGACCAGGUCCUGCCGAACCCCAUGGAGCCGCAGCAGCGCGCCCGGGACCCCGCACCCGCCCAAGCGCCCCGUCACCGGCAGAGCCGUUUCUUUGACGAGAACGAGUCCCCUGUAGAUCCGCAGCACGGCUCUAAGCUGGCGGACUACAACGGGGACGACGGGAACGUGGGUGAGUACGAGGCCGACAAGCAGGCCGAGCUGGCCUACAAUGAGGAAGAGGAUGGUGAUGGUGGGGAAGAAGACGUCCAAGACGAUGAAGACCGAGAGCUUCAGGGAGAUCGGCCUGUAGACUAUGGAAAGCGACACCAAGCCAUCGACAUCCUGUAAACCUCAAUAACGUGAAAAGCUGUGAGGGACGAGGAGUCUCGCGUGAAUCAAACAGAAUGGCAAACGCGCAAGAGAAAAGUUUGUCUUUGCUUGGCCUUCUGUUUCACUGGUGCUUUGGAUGAGAUUGUAUAGACUGAGUGGCAGCCUUUGGUCAGUGGAAGUGGACGACAGAAUUUAAGAGUCUGAUGGAGUCGCAGACAGAAAUGGUGUAGAUAAGAAUAUGAAUCUGUCAAACUGUUUAAAGAACCAUAUGAUGCUGUCGAGAUGAAGUAGAAUUCACUACAUCAGCCCGCCACUGUUCAAUUUAUGUAUGCUUAUUGUGUGAGGGUAAAUUAUUUCUAAUUUGAUUUUUUAAAAGUAGAAUUAGAAUAUAAUCCAUUCACAAAUGAAGUCUGUGUAAUAUAUAUAUAUAAUACAGUUGUGCAUUUUUUACAUGGUAUGAAUGCUUUUUGCAUUUGUGGGUAUUUCUUAGUAAACAGCUGCCUGCCCAGUUACGGAAGGCAAGACUGAGAACUUGGAGCUGAACUCUGUCACUGGGGACCGAGCAUCACUGUUAACCCCGGCCUGGAAUCUCGUUACCCAGAUAUGCUGACAACUGAGAGUGUCAGAACUUGACAAGAACACUAAUGUCACCAGAAUAUAUCUCUUUUUCUACACUGGGCUUUACCCCCAGGGCUCUUUGGGAUCUGUGUUGACUGAUAGAGAUGUAACAGUUUUUUCUCUCAAACGAGCGUUGUCACUGGGUGUAUGGGGACUCAGUGCUCUGGCAGGUCAUACAGAAGGGGACAGACCCUGCCCAGAAACAGCCAAAGCCAAGGACUUCUCUCAUGGCUCCUUACACCAUCAUUGUGCAUUUUUUUUUGUUGCUGUUGCAGAAGUAACUCUCCACAUUGAACUUGAAAGAAAGCUGCUGCAUGCAUUUAAGCAGCACAUCGGAUUAGCCAACCUCAAGGAAAACCAUAAAGCAACAAGUCUAGAAGCCUUUAUAUGGAACACAAACUCAUUGCACACCUGGAGCAAACACCAGCCCAGCAGACACAAUUCCUCUGCUCAUGUGGACCGUUCUUCAAAGCAUAAUAAUGUAUAUAGCUGAGGAACAUUUCCGUUUUGUCUGUGAAGCUUGAGGAACUGUACUGUUUUUUUUUUCCUCAUGAAAACUUAGGUGACGGGCUUGAAGGCCAAAAUGGGUGUGUCAUUUUUUUGUAGAUUUUAAAAUCAGUUGCAAAAACUGUGUAGAAGGUUGGCAUAUUGAAUGUACCUUGGUGGUUUUUCUUUUUUAAAUAUAAAAUAACGUGAUGAAGGUAUUUGGGUGGUGGGACUAUGGAAACUUGCCAAAUUCUGAUCUAAAACCAGUCCAGUGGCUCCCAGCUUUCUUGCAGACUAAAACCCAUUGCUCCUGAAGGUAAAGUAGUCCUUGCUUCCCCCAGUACAGAAGGGGCAGUAUGAAGUGUGUGCAGUGGUAUUAACAACAUUAUUUCUCUAGGUUUUAGCACUGGCUGCCCUAGACCUCUUCCACUCAUGCAGAGACAGAGAAGAAUCACUCAGUGUAAUCAUAAUAACGCUAAAAAUAACAAAAUUGUUUCUGUAUAUGCCCUGAAUGCAAUGUAAUCCUAAUUUAUUAAAAGAAGGAAUUCA